CGGGGCUGGGGGCUGGUGACGCUGGGGGCGGGGUCAGAGCUGGCAGUGUAAACAUGGCUGCUGUGAUGGAGAAGCUGCUGCUGUUGGCUGUUUUGAUCGGGGUCUCGGCGGCCUCGGGCAGUUUGCUGGGCGGCAUAGAGGAGGCUCCGGUGGAUGACCAGGUGAUCCAAGACGCCGCGCAGUUCGCCCUGUCCGAGUACAACAAGGCCUCCAACGAUCUGUAUGUCAGCAAAAUCUCCAGGAUCGUGUCUGCCAAAAUCCAGCUGGUGAGCGGGAUAUUGUACUUUCUGGAUGUUGAGUUGGGGAGGACACAGUGCAGACGUGCAGUUGUCGACUCACUGGAACUCUGCAGUUUUCACACUGCUUCUGGCUUGGCUCGCAAAGAACGUUGCAGGUUUACAAUUCGAACCAUCCCUUGGCUACAAGUAACCCAGCUCCUGAAAUCACAGUGCCAGGAAGUGACUACCUGAAUUCCUGUGCUGAAGGGAAUUUAGACAGACGAUUGUCUGAAUUGCUGACAAACCUGCUGCAAUUAUACUAAUGCUAACUCUUACACGAUUGUGGCUUUAUGUCAUUGCUACACUUACAUAACAAGACUAAAUGUCAUCUGGAGCAUAAAAGCUACCCACUAGAACUAAUGAAAGGUUUAUUUUCUCCUUAAACACACAAUAAAAGCAUUGCUUCUUCAAGCAUUAAUCCAGCGAAUAAAUGAGACUGGGCCAAUGAAGCUAUUCUGUUGCCAACUGUGGACAUUUGCAUGGACAUUUGCAAAAUGAUGUCCUGUAGAAAGUCUACUUUUGCCCUUGUCCUGGCAUUCUCUUUAAGGUUACUGUUGUUCAAGAUCCAGUUCUGAAAGGUUUCCCCAGUUGGAGGAAAAGUGGCUAAUGUCACUUAAGCAAUCUCCAGGAAGUGGAUCACCAAGUUGCACUGUAGGUGUUUCAGGGUCCACAAAGUAAGGAUAAAUGUAAAAAAAAGUUUUGUUUUUUAAAAAAAAAUUACUCCAGCAUUGGCCAAACUACUGGGGAGUGGAAGGGAGACUGUUGGGCACUCAAGCUUCUGACCCCUUAAACACAUUAAAAUAUAUUGGUUCUUUGAAGCCCCCAUCUCUCCGAAGAUUCUCACCUACAGGCCCUGAUACUAUGGUUGGUUAUCUUUUCCUAACUACAUAUAAUGUCUUACAAAAUACCUGUUUUUUUUCUGCUUUAAAAAUGAUGUGCACAUGAACAAGAUUUAAAUAAAGCUUCGAAUUAUGUUCAGUU